AUGCCAGCUGUGAUGCCAGGGGAGAGUUCUGCCAUCGCAGAUGAGGAUCUCAGUCUACCCAAUGGCACACCUGUGGACACUUCUAGCCCAGCCUCCUCCUCAUCUCUCCUCAACAGACUGCAGCUGGAUGAUGACUUGGAUGGGGAAACUAGAGACCUCUUUGUAACUGUUGAUGAUCCCAAAAAACACGUGUGCACGAUGGAGACGUAUAUCACAUACAGGGUUACAACAAAGACCACGCGAGCAGAGUUUGAUUUGCCAGAGUAUUCUGUCCGUCGGCGGUACCAAGACUUCGACUGGUUGAGAAACAAGCUGGAAGAGUCUCAGCCAACGCAUCUCAUUCCCCCUCUUCCUGAGAAAUUUGUCGUGAAGGGUGUUGUUGAUCGCUUUUCUGAAGAGUUUGUGGAGACAAGGAGGAAAGCAUUAGACAAAUUCUUGAAGAGGAUAACUGAUCACCCGGUGCUUUCUUUUAAUGAGCACUUCAACGUUUUUCUCACAGCCAAGGAUCUUAAUGCCUACAAAAAGCAAGGAAUGGCAUUGCUGUCAAAGAUGGGGGAAUCUGUCAAAUAUGUCACAGGAGGCUACAAAUUAAGAAGUCGGCCACUGGAGUUUGCAGCCAUUGGGGAGUAUCUAGACACGUUCUCCCUAAAGCUUGGUACCAUUGACAGAAUAGCACAACGGAUUAUCAAGGAACAGUUGGAAUACUUGGUGGAACUACGAGAAUAUGGACCUGUUUAUUCAACCUGGGGAGGGCUGGAGGUUGAGCUAUCAGAGCCACUGGAAGGGGUAUCUGCCUGUAUUGGGAACUGCUGUACAGCUCUUGAAGAACUCAGUGAAGAUAUGACAGAAGACUUCCUGCCUGUGCUUAGGGAAUAUAUAUUGUACUCUGAGUCAAUGAAGAAUGUGUUGAAGAAGAGAGACCAAGUUCAAGCAGAAUAUGAAGCAAAACUGGAAGCAGUAGCCUUGAAAAAAGAAGACCGUCCAAAGGUACCCACAGAUGUUGAGAAGUGUCAAGACCGAGUAGAGUGUUUCAAUGCUGACCUGAAAGCAGAUAUGGAGAGAUGGCAGAACAACAAAAGACAAGACUUUAGGCAGCUACUCAUGGGGAUGGCAGAUAAAAACAUCCAGUACUACGAGAAGUGCCUUACGGCGUGGGAGUCAAUUAUACCACUAUUGCAAGACAAGCCAGAGACCAAAUAAGAAGUACCUUCAUGGACAGUCUAGCACUUCUACGCUCAGUACCACUAGACAUACUGGAACUGUAUGAAGGACUCCUUUUGUCAAGCUAACUGAAAUGCCAGCUGCACUUAAGCUGGAACAGACACUCUGAAAACUAUCUGAAUUUUUUUUUCCCCUCACUUUCUGUGUUUAAACUGGGGUAUGUUUCAUCUUUUUGAGUUAUCUUGAAUGGUUCCUUCUUUAUCCUAUGGAGUGAUUGGGGGUUCAUAGUGAAAGUGCACGGGGAUCUUGAUAAAACUUACCUCUCUAGUCUGGAAGGAACUGAUGAGUGGAACACUAAAAAGAUGAAAAUAAAACUCUACUGCAAGGUGCCAAAUGACAUCUUUAUUAC